AUGUCCGUGGGCACUCCCCCUUUGGUUAAUUUGGCACAUUCCGAUCCAAGCUCAGCGCCGCAAGACUUCUCUCCCGGCUCAGAACAACAAGCGACUCCGCAGAAUGCCGGUCAACAUCCAGUGAAGGUCAAAAGGCGAAGGCACCUACCCACCUCAGACGACCCAUCCAAGAAUCAAGUUUUCUAUUUUGUCGAUUCAAACUCUUCUUCCCGAGAAAAGCGAGCACAUGUUAUGCGCCAUCAUGUUCAGGAGAAACGAAAACAACUUAAACACACGCAUCCUCGAAGCGACUCUGAUAAGAGAGUUCAUCGCCCUCUUCGCUAUCUCUCUUGGCAGCAGAAAAAGUUAUUACUGAGUGGCGAUGACAAUGAAGUCGUUGAAUACAGGCGAUCUGAGGAUGGGAUUACCCCUAAAGACAUCUCCACAAUUCCAGCCGGGCCCCAAAGUUCUGCACUUGCUUCCUAUUCUGUUUCGCCAGUCACCCUACUUGACGCCUCCGGAAAAGAUCCUUUCGAUAGCUUGCCCGUAACUUGCACAAGAGAGGAUUUUAUUUUAAUGGAUUGUUGGACAAACAGAUUGACAUAUUGGUCAGGCGAGCCUAGACUCAUCAAAGACCAAGUCUUCCGGGCGGUCCUCAGCCAUCCCCUGCCUUUUCAGUCGGUUGUCCUUGCAUACUGCGCUCGUUGGAGGGCACAGGCAUACGGCUUAAAGUGGAGCCCUGAGGUGGAACAGCACUUAGGGAGAGCCACAAAGGGCAUUGAACAGGUGAUGAAGGGCGACAUGGAGAUCGAUACUGAUAGUCUAGCAAUGGCUUUGACGGGGAUGGCCAUACAAGAAGAGAGAUUCGGCAGCAGGCAGCACGCUAGAGGAUACGUAGACCAGGCUGUCCAGAUCCUCCGUUCCAGAUCGGGAUCCCAUCGUGUUGCUGAGGCACUGUUGCAUUAUGUGCAAUUUAUGUUGAUGCCGCUUCAUCCAGCAGUUCCCGGAGAUGGCCAGCAAUGGCUGGUCACUUUCCUUCGGGGAGCCGAAGACUUGAUGCUAGAACAUAGUUCCGAUGCGUAUUUGUCGUCAGUUCCCCAGCGUCGCUCUGCAUUUCGAAUGGACAGCCCUUUGUUUCCGCUGCUGUCCAGCGGACCUCGUCCUUCCCAUGUCCCCCAUCAGUCACGCAUAUACAUUAUCACGAAGAAUGCGCCAACGCAGGAGCUCACCCGUACUGCGGCUCUGAUAUACAUCACAGCCGCCCUCUGGGAUUUCCAGGGUUCUCCCAGCAAAACCGGCCGGUUUCUUGACCAUCUGCGCGCGACUGUGAAAGAUCAUGAACUCGACAGGUUUCCCGCGUGCGAGUCCUUCGUGUGGCUCCUCCUACUCGAAGGAUAUGAAGCCGACCUACAGGAACCCGAGAGAAGUUGGUCGACGAGCGAGCUGUUGAAAUUGUAUAAACAGCUUCGACCGGAACUCCAGUUCCUUUUCAGUGAAAUUCUUUUCAGCCUCCUGAUGCUCACUCCACCGAUCCGGGGGAUCGAUGUAUUUGAAAGUGAAUUGUACAGCUCUAUGCCAGAGGUCCAGGAAGAACUCUGA